UUUUAUCAACAACAUGCUGAUAAGUUUGAUUAUGCUCACUUAAGAGAUGAUUUGUCACAAAAAUAUAAUGCAUGUAACGAUGCAUUAACUUUAUUAUCAGAAGAUGUUUUAUAUGAUAGAUUAAACCCAAAUCAGUUUUCAGCUCGAGUUGAAGAAAUUCAAAAAUCCAUUAAAGAUUUUUGUAUAACAUUUUAUACAAAUUGGAUACCUGAACUUGGAAAAUUAACUAUAUAUAAUGAUAUACUUGACAAUAUGAAUCAAAUUUUAGACAAUCUCAGAAAUAAUUUGUUAGAUUUAGACAAAGCAAAUGAAUUAUUGAUUGGGUCUGUCAAAAAUAAAAUAGAAAAUGAUUAUUCACAAAUUGUUGAAAAUUUCAAAAAUAUGCAGGAUUGUGGAUAUAAGGAAGAGUUUGAAAAGCUAAGACAAUUGUUAACUAAUUAUAGUAAUAUGACAAAUUUAAUCACGAAAUCAUUAGAAUAUCCUAGAAUGUUAUAUGAUUUGAAUCUUGAAUCUGAUAAAUUAAUUAAUCGAUUUAUAAAUGAUUGGAAUGGAAUUAAAGAAAAAAUUGGCGCCGAUUAUGACGAUGAUGAUGAGAUUUCUAAAGUUGACAAGUUUAUUGAUAACAAACUAAAAAAUAAUCAAAAUAAAUUUGCUGCAUUUGGUGCGCUAUCAGUUAACUGGAAUAAGUUUACUGAAAGAUUGGAAAGUAUUAAACAUAAGAUUCGUGAAAAAUUUUCAAUUUCACAAAAUAAUUGGAACUUCAAAACUGAAAAGUAUAAAGAAAAUAGCAACUGUUCAAAAUCUCUUGAAGAAGCUAAGCAGCUAUAUAUCACUAUUGAAAAUUGUUUUACAUUAGACUUUUUUGAGGGAGCCUUGAAAUUACAAUCUCUUGAAGUUAAUUUAGACAAAAUUUUAGCCUAUAUGGAAGAAUUAUAUAAUGUAGAAAUUAAACAAGAAGAA